UGCCUUUGUUGUUUUCUAAUUCUUUCCUUUUCCCCCCUUUCUUUCUCCAUUAUUUCACUCCAUCAAACCCAAAUUAAAUCCCCAUCUUAUAUAUAUAUCCCUCAACCCUCCUCCCAUUCCUACAAUUCCCCAAAAACCCAUCAUCACAGAUUCACAUUUAACUCAUUUUUUCCCCAUUAUCCCCCAAAGCUCCCUCAAGAACAGUAUAAUAAUAAUGGGUAUCAGAAAGUCAAAGAAACUGCAGGCCCAGACCGCAAUGAUCAAGCAGAUUCUCAAGAAACUCGGGAAAAAACAUGGGUACGAUGAAGAAGGCCUCCCAAUUGACGUUCCCAAGGGACAUUUCGCCGUCUAUGUAGGCGAGAACCGUACGAGGUACAUUGUUCCCAUCUCGUUUUUGACCCAACCGGAGUUCCAAAUCCUCCUUCAACGCGCCGAGGAAGAGUUCGGGUUCGACCACGGCGAUAUGGGCCUCACUAUCCCCUGCGACGAAUAUGUUUUCGAAAAUCUAACGUCGAUGCUUAGGUAAACCUUAAUUUUCCGACCACUAUUCCGAGGGACAGAGGGCUUAGCUUUGUGAGAUGUCAGAAUCAAUCACUCAAGAAUCAAUUGAGCUGUCAGUGCAGUCAAAAGUGUAUUUUGAUAUGGAUGGAUGGGGUUCUUGUAAUCUAACUUAUGACUCCAACAUUUAUGGGAGAUUUAAUUUUAUGGUUUUUAGUUCA